AAACCCCGAACUGCAAUGUGUGAGAUUUCGUCAUUGCGAAACUCUGUGAUUUCUCCUUUAUACUUAGAAAUGAAAUAUUCCUUUCCAAGAAGAGUCAGAGAAACGGUAUAAAUGUGCGAGGAGCCCCCCCGGAUUUUAUCAUCAGUCCUCCUAGAGACGGGUCGCCUGUCCAGCAUGACUCUCUCUGCAACUCUCUGGUUCCUGAUGGGGUUGGCCGCCGGCACCACGGCCUUACCCUUAUUACAAUGGAGUGAGGACGACGUCGCCGUCAUGGCGCUGUACAGCGCAGAUCACUACAACAAAGUCUCCGGAGAAGACGCCCUCUACGGGCUCCUGGAGAACGGCACGGAAUACAUCACUGAUGAAAAAUCUCGCUUUCAUCAACUUUCCUUCCCGAUACAAGAAACCGUGUGCCAGAAAGGUGACAACGCACUGAUGACCGAUGACUGCGCAUUCAAGGAGGGCGGAGUUGUGAAGUUGUGUACAUCAUACUUCUUCGAGGAAGACGACCGGGACAUCGUUGUGGUGAACUGCCAGAGCCAAGACGGCCAUCGAGAACACUCCAGAGUAAGAAGAUCACGGAGUAGUCGAGGCGGUGGCGGACGCGGGGGCAGAGGUGGUAGCGGCGGACGAGGUGGCAGAGGAGGCGGUAGAUCUGGGUCUCGCUCUUCCAUCGCUGGGGGCGGAACCCGAGGAGGGAGCAGAGGCGGCGGCGGCACCCACUAUGCCUAAAGUGUUUCCUACGAUUGGAAGCUUUGUGUACAUUGUGUAACUCUCGGGUCAAGCGCUCAAGCAAAAAACCCAAAUGCCGAGGUUUUCGCUGUAAGCAUGGAGUUGGGUUCAGUAGUCCAAUCGCACGGCCCGGUAAAGGCAGCAAGGAAAUAUCUCCACCCAUCAGUGUCGAAAAAAUGAUCUGAUCGAUCGAUCGCGGCGCUGAGCACUAUCCCAGCUCGCCAUAUCUCAUCGAUCGGCUUAUAGACAAUUUACUCUCACAUGUGCAUUCCCAUGUACUGUAACGUCUUGCUUGGCACGUCCUUUAUGGGAAAUAAAUGUUUCUGUUUCA